UUACAAUUCACAUAAUGUAUCCUAUCUAUUUUGACAAAUAAUCUAUAAUAUGAGACUAAAUGGUUUCAAUUGUAUUACGACUUUUUGUUACAAUGAACUACAUAUAUAUUUAAUAUUAUACUGUGAAAAGUAAUGUGACCUAUGUACAUUAAAAUGUCCAUGUUUAAUUAAAAUAUAUUUUAUAAUGGAAUCUAACUAUUCUCCAGAUAUAGGCAAAUUGAUUAUAAAAGUUUAUGCAAGUUUGCUAUUAUUAUUUGGUCUACCUGGUAAUAUUAUUAGCGCUAUUAUAAUGGGAGGUGAUCGGUCAAAUCGUUUGACAACUCGUUUAAUUAUUAUUAUUCUAGCUAUAGCCGAUAAUUUAGUCUUAUUAACUGCUGUAUUACGUUAUUGGUUAAUGGAAGUUUGUGGAUGGGAUUUACGUUCAACUGGUCCAUUAACUUGUAAAAUUCAUGUUUUUGCUGUAGGAUUUUCAACAGAUUUUGCUGUUGGUGUAUUAUGUUCUGUUGCAGUCGAACGGUUACUUGUUGUUACCCUACCUUAUAAAGCAUCUAAAUUAGUAACAUUAAAUUCUGUGAUAAUUGGUAUGAUAUGUUUUGCUUUAAGUGUAGCUAUAAAAAAUUCACCACACUUUUGGAUGAUGGGUGAACAUAAGUCACAACAAUCUCAAAUAGAUUCAAUAAAUUUGUAUAAAAUCAAUCAAACCAGAACGAGUGGGACCAUUAAUACACAUAAAAUGUUUAUAGAAAACUCAACUAAAAAGGAAUCAUUUAAAUGUACAUUUGUAUCAGAAUAUGAAUUUAUUUUUAGAAUUUUUAUGAAGUUCGAUCUUAUAAGUUUUGCAGUUCUUCCUUAUUUAAUAUUAUUUACAAGUAAUGUAAUUAUUUAUAUAAAAUUGCGUAAUCAACGUCGGUUGAUGAGAUGUCAUGCCAAUACUACAUCUAUGGUUAGUAAUACAACUAAUACAAACAUUAUAUCUAAUAGUACACAUUCAAGUAAACUACAACGUAAAUUAGAUCGAAAAUCAAUUAAUCAACCAGAAUCAACAAAUCAACUACAACAUGGAGAUACACGAUGUAAACGUUCAACUCGUCGACCAGAAGGUGUCAUCAAAUUAUUAACAGCAUUAACUAUAAUUCAUGUUAUUUGUACAUUACCAGGCACAAUUUUUACCUUUCUGUCAUCUUAUUUCAAUUAUUUUCACAAUAUGCCAAAACAUACUCAUGAUCAAAUUAAAUAUGGUUUAGUUAUGUUAAUAUUUACAAAUAAUGCAAUUAAUUUCUUCGGUUAUUGUAUUUCUUGUACAACAUUUCGUCAAACAAUUAUUCGUAGUUUAAAUCAUUUAUGUCAUUGGAAAACGAAUUGUCAUAAAAGAAAACAAAAUAAUGAAAUACGGGAUAAUAAUAAUAAUAAUAAUAAUAAUAAUAAUAAUAAUAAUAAUGGAAAAUAUAAACCAAUGGACCAAAAAAUCAUAAGUAAUGUCAGCUUAAUAAAAAAACAAGACCAAUAUACAUGAUAUGCCUCAGUUAUUUUAGGUGAAAGAUGUUAUUGAAUUGGUUUCAGACCUUGAAAAUUAUUGAUCUCAUUACAUUGAAUAAAGUUGACCAAUAUAUGAACAAACUAGCAAUUAUAGUUGAACUAUGUCAUUAUUAUUCCCAGAGUGAGAUGCAUUUACUAUUAUAAGUGUAAUAUUGUAAUACAAUUAAACAUUUACCUGAAACAAAUAUUUAAUAAAUAAAUAUAUUUUCAAAUGUAAGAAACCCGGUUGUAUUUAUUGAAUAAAUUAAAGUGAUAUAAUAUAA